AUGGCCGAGUUUGUCGCUUCGCUCAUAGGUAUCGCCGGCCUAGGCGCAAAAGUGUCGAUCACCCUACACAAGGUAGUGAGCACGUUAAAUUCAGCUCAGAACGACGCACGUCUCAUUGCAGCGGACAUAUCUAUCUUCACUUGCACCCUUACUCAGCUGAGCAAGACGAUCUCUGAUUGCAAUGUUCCAGAAGCAGCACAACUGUUCGAAAUCGCUCAGGUCCUUGUCCCUGCCUGCUCAACUCUUGUCCAUGAGCUCCAGAGGCUUAUUGGGAAUACCGAGUUGUAUCAGAUGAAAGGAGCGUUCUCGGUGCACCUCUUGGCUUUACGAUUUAAAUGGCUGCUGAACGGACCGAAAGUCACAUUUGUGAAGAGCCUGUUGGAGUCAUUCAAAUCAACGCUGGUGCUUCUCAUCUCGACAAUGGACCUGGCGGUUGUGAUGCAUCAAGAUGCUCAAUCUGACGUCAAGUAUGUUGCUAGGCGAUCGUACAUUGCGAUCAGACUAUUAAGAAACAUGAAAGCCGGACUUGAUAUGCUGAUGCCUUAUAGAGAAAGUCUAAAGUCGCAAGUCCGGACCAAUCUUCACUUAGCCGAGGACGCAAAAGCAAAUUUGCUGCUCUUUCAGGACCCGAAAUACAACAGCGACCCUUCGACCAUACUCGAUGUUCCAGAUAGCCAAAGUACUAACUCCGAUACGGCUUCGAGUGCUGUAACUGUUGUGGAUCCUUCAAUUAAGUCACUUGUUCCGUAUGAUAUGGACGGGCCGAACGCGACGCAGAGUGGGGAUCUGAGGCAAAUCACCAUGGACGGCGAGACAGACGAAUUGACAUGUCUGAGUGAAUGUCCGCAGGAACUCAGCGGCAUUCUCAUAGCUCAAGAAAGCACCGUGAAACUGGCCGAAGACUUACUGAAGAUAGCUCAUGUGCCAACGUGGACGUGGGGAACUUCAGCUGCAGUCAGGCCCUCGGAACAACAGAUGCAUGUUCCGAUCGUACACAAAGACAACUCUCCCAAUCAGGUGAACGAGAGCGCAACUACGAGCCGGCCUGGGCUUCCAAACCCCGGUGCUAAGACUAAAAGCAGCCAGAAUGACGUCUUGAAUCCUGGAAGCCAAAUCGACGACAGAGCAUCCGCCGAAUCGCUCAACCCCCUGCAAUAUCUUGAUAAGGAAGAAGAGAGUCAAAACAACCCCUUAAGGUCGCCUAGUUCCGACAAUUUAGAUCUUCAGACAAUGAUCAAGAAGAUCUUAGAGGAGACUCUCGCCUCGCACAAUAGUGAGCAUGCUUCACAGCCACGAACGGAACCCGAAAAGACUGCGCAGCUCCAAAAGCCAACGGCUCCAGAGAUAUCGUUUAAAUCAGACGUGCAGGACGGCACCGAACGAUUGAGCAAGCUCGAGAGGAUCAUGCUGGCCGAGCGUGAUGAAAUGAUCCGCAAAAAAGCUAUCGCUGAAGCCGAGCGUCAAGUCCAGAAGAAAAUAAGUGACGCGGAUAAAUUAGAGAAACUUGAAGGACUCAUUCUGGCCCAGAAAGAGGAGCAGUUCAAAAGGGAAGAGGCGGUAGAGGCCACUCGUAAAGCAGAUCGGGCUGAGGCUGAUGCAAAGGUCGCAAAAAGAGGCUGCCGAAGCAACAGCACGGGCUGA